CUAGGUUGAGAUGAAGUCAAUUACAGUAUUUUAGAGAGUUUGAGUUUCAACUAAAAGUCGUUACCGUGAAGCAAGCAACGAAAUGCCAUUUUAGUUGAAAACUGCUUCAUGUACCCGGCCACUUUACUGAUCCGGAAAUAUCGCGAGGCUUUUCUCUUGGGAUUCGCUGGCUAUCUUGUGCCAUUCCAAGUCUUUGUAGCGGAGCGAACGAGGGACGGUCGAGCGAUGGAAUGGUCCUCUGUAAAAAGCAAGGCUCGCGAGCAUAAAUGUGCUGAGCGAGGAUUCGCUGCCCACUGUAACCGUGAAGCUCAGGAGACGAAAGUUAAGCCGGAAAACUUGCAAUGUCCUUGUGGCUCAGUUCAGGGUAACAAAAAUAUUCGGCUGUGUUGCAUUUUCAAGACAGGUUUGCCUUGGGAGAUGGAAAGGUACUUAGCUUCGGGGCCGUCGAGAUUUGUAGAGUUCAAUGAAGGUUUCGAGCAAAGCGCGGCACUUGGCAGUACGUAAGGCUCACACAGGAGCAUGCUUGACUAAAUGCUUAAGUUGGUGUUCCGCUAUUAAACUUGAUAAGAACUCAGAAAUACUGGCUUAGAUACACGAUGUUGGAGCGCCGCACGAAAAAUUUUAGGAAGAAAAUUUUGAUCCCUGGCCUGUGACAACCACUGGUGGAUCGUACCUGAGAGUUGGAGAAGUGAAAGGAAUCUUGGCUAAAGUCCGGGCACUAGUGGUGCAAACCCUGUGUGCGGGGAUGUGUCAUAGGGUGGUGAGGGAUUGAUCAUGGGGAGGCGGCCGUGCUGCGACAAGCAGAGGGUGAAGAGGGGGCCGUGGACGGCGCAGGAGGACAACAGGCUGGCGAAAUUCAUCGCCGCCGACGGCCGCCGCUGCUGCUGGCGGGCAGUGCCGAAGCUGGCCGGCCUGCAGCGGUGCGGCAAGAGCUGCCGGCUCCGCUGGACCAACUACCUCCGCCCCGGCCUCAACCACAGUAUGCUCACCGAGGCUGAGGAGUGGCUCGUCAUCCACCUCCAUGCCAAACUCGGCAACAGGUGGUCGAAAAUUGCAGCGGAAUUAUCCGGGAGAACCGAUAAUCAAAUAAAGAACUACUGGAACACACGCAUCAAGAAGAAGCUCGUCGGCAUGGGGAUCGACCCGGCGACCCACGAGCCGCUCGGCCCGACAGAAUCGAUGGCGCCGGAAUCGAAGUCCGACGAUAAACCACAGCUGCAAGAGGGCGAGGCGCAAAUCACGAAGGCAGCGGCGUCGGAGGAGGAGGAGCAACCGGUGCUGAGCAGCAGCUUCCUGUGGGACGGGGAUUUUAGCGCUGAAAGAGAGGAGUCGGCGAUGUUUCCGUGCGGGAGUUUCGAGGGAUGCGUAGAAGUCGGCGACGAGUUCUGGAACUUCCGCUGUGAUUCGCUGUUCGAGUGCGCGGAACUCGGCGUUUGAGAAUGUCAGACGCGUCGCUAUCAUAAGUGAACGUAUAAAAAUAAAAAUUUAAUAAAUAAAAUUUUAAAAUAAAAAAUCGAAA